AUGCCCCUUGCGAGGCAGCCCAAGGCGCGGUCGCGAACCUUCACCUCUUGUCUCGAGUGUAGGCGGAGAAAGGUAAAAUGCGACCUGACCGAGCCGAAUUGCAACAAUUGCCUCAGGCUGGGCUUGACGUGCCCUGGCUUUUCCAUCCAGCUACACUGGUUACCCGGAUGGCAGCCCGGUCAGCGCGACAGCAAGACCAAAGGCGCAACUGAUGGUGAUGAGGUCCGCCGAGUUCGGACGGAUAUCUUCGGUACUCGGUCCGGACUGCAAUUCUCUGAUGACCUGGUUCAGCAACUCCUACAGUCAAGUCAAUCAUUUGCCCAGGUUGAUGACGUGCUCGAGGCUUUGGAAGGUCGGAUCAGAGAAUUAGAAGUCAACUUCGACCGUCAACGGCACUGGCAGAUCAUCGAAGGCCCAUUCUCUGUCUUUUGCCCGACUCUGUCCAUGGAGUCUGGCGUCGCAAGUCAGCGGCAUGUCUCGGCCGGAUCUCCAUCACCCAGCAAUGAACUGAGCGCUGGAUUGUGGUCCUCGAACGAUGACUGGUACUCUUCAUUAUCCGACAAAGCUUUCCUGAAUGAAGUAUUCACGCCAGACUUCCUGGGAUUCGAUGCUGGAGAAACUUUUUCGAGCAUCGACAAAUCCUCAUCCCUCGGAUUCGAGCACGCUUUUCUGCCCGGUGCAUAUGGGGUUCUUUCCUCUUCUGAUGAUAAGCAUGCGUGUCUUGAUAAUGUCGUCGACAAAUACCUCAUUCCUGACCCAACAAGCGGACUGAGCAGCUUCUACGGACAUCCCUCGGCCACAUCCUUACCCAAUGGCUCGCCAUACCUCCCGUACAACGUGCGCUUCUUGUUGUCGCACUACACCAGCCAUGUCAUCGACUCAUUGUCACUUUUGCCGAACAACAAGGCUCCGUAUCGUGGAAUCCAUGUGCCGUGCGCGUUGACCGCAUAUGGCGAACUCGACAUCAUGGGGCAGUCGGGGUUCGCCCGGGUAUCACUUUUGUACAGUCUACUGUCCCUGACCUGUUACCACUUGAGCUCGCUAUACGAGUCUUCUUCUUCUACAGGCGUUCAACAAAACAACCAUCAUCAUCAUCAGUCCUCUUCAUCGGGAGCUCACCCCGAAGGGUCAUCGAAUGCACGAUACUGGGGCUCUCAAGCACUCAAAUUCCGCGACAUAGCUCGCACCGCGUUCCGUAAAUGCCUUCAAGCCAUGGUGUCCGAUCCCACGAUCAAAGUCAAAUACAAGGAGCUGUUCGUGGGUGCCAUGAGCCUUAUAUGUACUGGGAUUAUCAGUGGUGAUCCGUGGGAUGCUCGCUUCUUCAUUCUCCAGUGUGAAGAUAUUGUCAAUCGGAUCGGACGAACCAAACGAAGGUUCUCAGACAAGGCUCUCCAGCUACAUCGGAUUUUCUCCUACAUUCGAAUCAUUGAACAGACCACGUUCGUCCAGACCCGUGAUCAGUACCUGGAGACCCUCGACAAGCACGCCUUGUUCCCCGAACACGUCGAGAUGGUGAAGCAGAUUCCCCAGGACACAUUUUCGCACUCGGCCACGGUGGCAUUGAACCUCCAGACCAUGUCGGAUCUAGGCCUGACGGGACCCGAAGAAGAGACGUUUUACGAACUGUACGGUAUACCAGGCUCUUUGAUGCGCCUCAUAGCCAGGACGAACAAUCUUAUUGCAGACAUUGACCCGCCCGAACUGCACGGUACGGCUCCCCCGGCGAUGCCACCCUCGAUAGUCGCAGCGGCCGCGGCACUCGAAAAUGACAUUUGCAGGUUCCAAGUCCCCAAUGUCCGGGAUACCACGACGACGACGACAUCAUCUUCAUCAGCAGAACCGACGAGCAGUGAUGUAAUAAUCACCACCACCGACAUCGUGAACACCGAAAACAACAAUAACGCGUCACAGAUAAUGCGAUCGCACAUGGGGACGGCGAUGCACCACGCCCUGCUGGUCUAUUUUUUCCGGUUCGUGAGAGGCACCAACCCGAUCAUCCUACAGCACUACGUCGAGAGCAUCCUGAGCAACCUGGAAAGCCACCAGGCGAGCAAGGACCGCUUCUUCAUGGGCGUCCGACUCGGUACGACCGUGUGGCCGAGCUUUAUAGCGGCUUGUGAAGCCCUGGGCGAUGACCUGCGCCACCGAGCGAUUCUCUGCAUGAGGCACGCCAGUUGGGCGGGCUUCAAGAAUGCCGAAGCAGCCGAAGUCGUCGCUCGUGAAGUCUGGAGGAGGCGCGACGCCGGCGAGAAUGACGUCUCGUGGAGCACUGUCCUCCGUGAGAGUCGUACUAUCUUGCUAUUGACCUGAGAAGAUUGGUCCUUUUGUUAGGGGUGAUACCCGCGAUUGCAUCGAUACUUUGUAUAAAC